CUCUCUCUUGCUAAAUUUGGCAUACGAUUCUCUCUCUAUCUCUCUCUUCUCUCUCCUCGAAAAGUCUCUCCCAUCUUAGGGUUUUCUUCUAAUGGUCGAUGAUCGCUGAUUCAUUGGAGUCGUCGCCGAUCGCGUGAUUAGGGAUCAGAUAUUCCUCCUCGACUUCGUGCAUCAAGUUCGAGUUUUUCCCGGGCGAUCGGAAUCUCCGGGGCGGGUGGUCGAUUUCGGGUCGUUUCGUGGGCGGGAUUCGCUUCCCGUUGGCUGAAGCGGGUUGGAGGCUUCUUGAUCUGGGAAGCGGCGCGGCCGGAGGCGGAGGCGGAGGGGGAUUGUUUGCGGUUGUUCCGAUUCGGAAACGGAACGGCGGGCGCGGCCGGUUUUGCCGGGGGUGGGGUUUUGCUUCUGAUUAGUUGAGAGGCGGUUUGAUCGGGUUGUUUGGGGGGUAGUUCGGGGGCGGUGAGCUGAUUUGGGGGUUCGUUACUGUUGGGAGAUUGAAUUUUAGGGGCGGUUGAUUUGGUGUCGAACUCAGGGAAUCCGGGGCUGAUUUGAAGCGGUUUAGACUUUGCAUGAUUUUUUGGGUCGUUUAGUUUUGCCCAGAGGAAACGAGUUGGGAGCUUUUGGGUUUGCUUGCUGGACGUCCUCUGAAGCGUUACUUGAUAAUUCGAGGUAUUUCCUUCUAAAGGGUGAGAGGUCGGUGGCUUUGGCGCCUGAGAGCGAAGGUUAUUUUGGGCUCGUUCCUUUGGGAUUUUGGGAAAUUCAUUGGGGGCGCUUGCGUGAAGUGCGUAAGGGAAUCUGAAGUUGAAUUGUGAAGCGAGGGCUUGUGGGUUAAGAGAGCCUUUCUUGGGUUGGUUUGAUCUAUGAUUUUGGAGGAAAUAUGGCUGCUGGUGCAGAUUUAUCUCGUCCGUUCACGGUGUUAGAAGGCGGUUACAAUAGGGAGGAUAUGGCUGAAGAUGAGAAUUUGGAGAACGCGAGACAGUUGGCAAAUGGGAAGCCUCCGAGGCACCUCUCGGUAAUGCGGCAUUCUGUGAGCUCUGCAAGGUUUCUUGCUGCGUCUGACUUUGAAUCCGAUGUGGGCAUUUUUGGAAGCAAGUCUCCUGAUGAAAAAUCAGAAUUUGUACCUGUAUUCCGCUCUGGAAGUUGUGCUGAAAGAGGGCCUAAACAAUACAUGGAAGAUGAACACAUUUGCAUAGAUAACCUAGCUGAACAUUGUGGGACAAUGGCGGGCUGCCCCACUUCUGGAGCUUGUUAUGGGGUAUUUGAUGGUCACGGAGGUACUGAUGCAGCAUUGUUUGUUCGGGAUAACAUCCUACGAUUCAUAGUUGAGGAUUUGCAUUUUCCAGCCAGUGUGGAGAAUGCCAUUAAAAGUGCCUUUCUGAAAGCAGAUUAUGAGUUUGCUGAUGCCAGUUCAUUGGAUAUCUCUUCUGGCACCACGGCUCUCACUGCUCUUAUUUUUGGACGAACUAUGUUUGUUGCCAAUGCUGGGGAUUGUCGAGCUGUUCUUGGGAAAAGAGGGAGAGCUAUUGAGCUGUCCAAGGACCACAAGCCCAAUUGCACAUCUGAAAGGCUAAGGAUUGAGAAACUCGGAGGGGUUGUUUAUGAUGGCUAUCUCAAUGGCCAAUUGUCUGUGUCACGUGCCCUUGGAGAUUGGCACAUGAAGGGCCCAAAAGGUUCUGCUUGUCCUCUCAGCGCGGAGCCGGAGUUGCAGGAGACCCACUUGACCGAAGACGAUGAGUUCUUAAUCAUGGGCUGUGAUGGCCUGUGGGAUGUGAUGAGCAGCCAGUGUGCUGUUACGAUAGCAAGGAAAGAACUGAUGUUGCACAAUGAUCCCGAAAGGUGCUCAAGAGAGCUGGUCCGAGAGGCACUGAAGCGUAAUAGUUGCGACAAUUUAACUGUCAUAACCGUUUGUUUCUCCGAAGAUCCUCCACCACGGAUUGAGAUUCCUCCAUCUCGAGUCCGAAGGAGCAUAUCAGCAGAAGGUCUGAAUUUGCUGAAGGGUGCACUGGAUUGUAAUGCGUGAGCAACAGGAAUCUGCCAAAAGCAAGAACAUCUGCAGCAGCCACUGAGGGGGGGUCAUGGUCCCUACUUUCACCACGGACGACGCACUGCAACCUGCACCAGUUAGUGUGACUGACAUGAGUCCCCCUCAGAAACGAGCGAGAUGAUCCCUCCGAGUCACGAUUCAAUUCUUCAGGAUCUUGAGAGUUGCCGCUCGUAUGUGAUUAUUUAUGUUGUAACGAUUUGAAUUCUUUUUCCCCUCCCAUUUAUGUGGUUGCCUGAACCACAAUGGAUGUUCACGAUUCGAGCAUUGUAAAUAGUUGUUAGUCGAAAAUCAUGAUGGCUCUGUUUUUCUCGUCUUCAA